AUGACUUCAAAUACCAAAAUUAUACCAGGACAUAUCUAAAUUAUUAAGGGCGACAAAUAUUCAAACUAACUAUCGUCCUUUACAAUUAAUGAAAAAGAACAUAGCUCAGCAUCCCCAGGACAAUUUGAUUAAUUCGUUAAUAGAGACUAAAACACUCUAUAUUAGUCAAAAAGCAAUGCAGAUAUGAGUAAAAGGUCAACAAAUACAGUGAAUCGAAGAGGCAAAAAGAAGAAAUCUCAACAACAAUCUAACAAUUUGUUCCAAGAUGAUGAGUACUUUGGCACUCAUUUCACUAAUGAAAUGAAAUCGUAGAAUAGAGCGAAGAAGUCUCAAUUAGAUUUGAGUUCUAUCAGCAAGAUUUCCUAGCAGACUUUAUAGUUAGUUCAAAAUCACUCAUCAGCCACUAACACAUAACUUGACAAUUCAUUUGAAGCUAGAUAAAACGAGAUGGACAUACUAUAGAGUAUAUACCCAGAUGACUUUACUAUGAUUGAGUAACCAGAUGAAUAGAAUUAAGAGGACUUUGGCCUCAAUACUUACAAAAAGGGAAAGUAUCAAAUUAGAGUUUAUCCUCAUACCGUUGAAGAAAACAACUUCUGCUGGAUUGAUCUAAUGGUUGAAUACUUUGAUUGCUAUCCAGCUAAGAUGCCUAAACUGACUCUUCUCAAGGAAAAGUCAAAGGGAAUUACCGAUUAAAAUCUAGCUGAAAUUAAGUCAACUAUUGACAAGAGAGCAGAGGAAUUAGCAAAAGACAAAUAGCCAAUAGUGUAUGAGGUAAUCUUAGAAAUUCAGGAUAUUCUUGAGGUCAUUAAUCAGCAUACAAGUAAUUACAAAAGAAAGUAGUUAAAGCUCUAACAUAUACCCUCUAAUGUCACAGAUCAAAGUAAACAAUCAGAGAUUUCAGCAGAUAACAACGAUAAUCUAAAAAUAAAUGAUAAGUAAGGCGAUGAAGAAGAAAGUAGCUAUUACUACGAUGAAGAAGAUGAAGGUACAGACCAGUAAUAGUAAAAGUAAACUCCUAAGGAGGAGGAAAAGUCUACACUCGAGUAGAAAAAUGAGAUAGAUGAGAUAGGGGAACUGUAUAAGUAAAGGAUCAAGAAUCAACAGUCAAUGAUCUAAGAUGCAUUCGAGUGGAGAAAUAAUAAUAAUUUCUAUGGAGCUAAUGGUCCUUCUGCUUUUGACAAUUUCGGACAAGAUUUCUCUCAGUCUUAGAAUGAUGAAGACGAGUCCUUGAGCUUCCCAGCAAUAGUCCAAGCUUCAAGUUAAAUGAUGCAGGUAGGGUAGAUCUCAAGAUACAAGCAAGACUUUGAGGAGAUCAGCAAGAUUGGUCAAGGUGGAGCAGGGAGAGUGUUCAAGGCUAGACAUAAGAUUGAUAGAAAUAUCUACGCUAUUAAAAAAGUGAGACUCUUUAGAAGAGAUGAAGAAGAAAAUGAGAGAAUAAAAAGAGAAGUUACUGUAAUUAGCAGAUUGCAUAAUCAGCAUAUUGUCAGAUACUUCCAAGCAUGGGUUGAAUGCAUUGAUGAUGAAAAGGAAAUAAAUGAAUUGGACUUUUCAGAUUCUGAAGUGGAUGAGGAAGAUGAAGACUAUGAGUAGGAUGAAAAUAGUGACGAUGAAGGCAACUUCAAUAAUGGUAAAUAUGAGAGCAACAGUGACAGUGACUAUGUCUCCAGAUCUGAAGAGGAUGAUGAGCAGGAUUACUAUGUGGAGGAUGAUAAUGACUAUGAAGAGGAUAGUUAUGAGGAUGAUUCAGGAAUGUAUAUUAGUGUUAGUAAUAAGAAGGGUAAGAAAAGAGGCAAGAAAGAUAAACAAAACAAGAAGCAGUUCAAAAAGAACUAGCCAUAGUAUAACAAGGAUAAACUUAACAAGAAAAAGCAGUAAAACUAGAUCAAUAGAAAGCUAUUCCAAGACAAUGAGAACAAAAACAAUCCAAAGCUAGGUAAAGGAGGAAAAUUCGAUCCUAAAUUUAAAGGUAUUCAAGUGCUCUACAUCCAAAUGGAGUACUGUGAGGGUAAUAACCUGAGAAACUUUAUUGAUGAAAACCCCGGUAGAACGAAUGAAGACCAUAAAUGGAAGAUUUUCUCAUAGAUAGUAGAUGCUCUACACUACCUGCAUGGAUUGAAUCUGAUUCACAGAGACCUGAAACCCUCUAAUAUCUUUUUGGACAAGAAUAACAAUGUCAAGCUUGGUGACUUUGGUUUAGCCACUACGCAUCAUCACCACCAUCAUAAUUAAAACUCUAUUAAAAAUACACAGAGCAACUCUAGCUUGGCUAAUAACCUGACUCAGAGAUAGAAAAAACAGAUGGAGACAUUCUAGUUAAAGAUUCAAUAAUAGGAAGACUCUGAUUCAUCUCAGAAUAAUAUGGAAUCAGUCCCUGGCUAGCCAUCUUUUUCAAAUCAAGCUCACUCAGUGGGUAUCGGUACUCCGGCUUACAUGCCACCAGAGUAAAAGAAGGGUUAAGGGAAGUAUAACUUCCUAGCUGAUAUGUACUCACUUGGUCUUAUAUUGUUCGAGAUGUGGGUGAGCUUCUAGACAGGUAUAGAAAUGGACAAGGCCUUUUAGCUUUUGCAAAGGUAAGGUGAGAUAGAAAAGGAAUAUCAUUAGAAGAUUCCAGAGAAUGCCAGAAAACUCAUUAUCUGGCUCACUAAGGAAUCGCCAAAGGAGAGACCUUCUACCAUAGCACUUUUGUAAAGUGAGUUAAUGCCUCAGAAGCUUGAGGGUGAAGUGUUCAAGAAGUUUAUUUAUUCAAUCUAAAAUCAUAAGACCAUAGAAAGCAUUCAACUUAUGAAUUUUCUGCUGAAAAGAAAAACUCCUAAAAACAUGGACCUGACAUACGAAUCAUAUAUACUAGACUAAGCAAUUUAACAACCUCUAGGUCUCACAUAAUCUAGCUCAUAUUCCAAAGGGUAUGGAGGGUUGAAUGUAAUGAACCAAGACAAUAAGAAUGUGCUCAGCAGUUAUACCUAAAAAGAGGCUAUAGCCAAGUCAAUCUUAAAGCAGACCUUUAAGAAGAUAUUUAUCUUGCAUGGAGCAAUUGAUAUUGACAUUCCUAUAGUUGCCCCCAUUUAAGAUACAGCAACAAUUUUUGUGUCCUAAAGACAAUUGAAAUCUGGUACAGAAAGAAGACUAAGUCAUAACUCAGACGGGUCAAAUGGAGACAGUAAUUAUCCUACAGAUGAAUAGCUAUAAAGCAUUGAGAUUGAUAUGCAAAGCGAUAUCGUGAAGUAUCAAGAAUAGUCAGCUAUUCAAAAGCAAAACAUGCAACUAAUUAAUCAACUUAAAGAAAGAGACGUGCAGAAGAUUACUUAUGUCAAUAUUGAUCCUUAGCAAAUAUCUCAGAGAUUGAUAGAUGACACUGGCAUAGUGCUUUAGCUUCAGCUAAAUUUAACUGCUAACUUUGCUAGGUUCAUAGCUAGAAAGCAGGUGCCAUUCUGUAAGAGAUUUCAUAUAGGAAAGACAUACAAGAAGAAUUAGCUGUAUCAGAGGACAAAUCCAUCUGAAUAUUUAGAAGCUACAUAUGAUGUAGUAUAGUAGACUACUGCCUAGAAUUAUAACAGUGGGGAUGAGAUUAUUCAUGAGGCUGAAGUGAUCAAAGUAUGUGAUUAGAUAGCUUAGGCAUAUAUCAAGGAGAUAGGCUCUAAGUAUAAGAUUAGAGUUAGUAGCAGUGAAAUUAUUGACGGUAUAUUAGAAGAAGGUAGAGUCAGAGUUGAAUCUAGACAUAAGGUAGUCAAAAUUCUAGCAUCUAUGAUUGACAAACAACCAUGGCCAAUUAUUAAAAGAGAACUAUUGAAUCAAGGACUCGUGUCAGCUAAUCAUAUUGAGAAAAUUGGUGAUUUGAUAAAGAUUAAGGGUUCAGUCCAAUAAAUCGAGCAGAUACUUAAGAAUCAUAAAACAAUGAGGAAAGUUGAUAGAUUUAAAAAGGUUAUAGAAUACUUUAAAAGCCUGAGGAAUUACCUCAAGUACUUUGGAAUACUUGAAGAUGACUAACAAGCUGCAAAUCACAGCUCAGGUGGAGGUGUCACAGGAGUUUUGAUCUUUGACUUCAGUAUGAUUCUAGAAAACUAUCUGAAUUACUAUUCUGGAUUGAUAUUCAGACUAGUAGUUCCACUCUCUUAGGUCGAGUAAGAGUAAAAUCUGUUCAUUAGGUAGAAGAACAAACUUCAGUAGCACAUGGAGAGCUUUAAAAGUGAUGCUAGUAAGAACCAAGGCAAGACAAGUCAAAACACAAUAGGAUAAACUAAGAGUACCUCAGUCAAUCAACUUCCAAAACUAGCAUUCAAUAACAUUGGAACACAAAACUAAAAGCCUACUGGCAGUGCAAGGAAUACUGGUCAAUUGCAGUAGUAUGAGACUUUAGCCAUCGGUGGUAGAUAUGACAACCUAGUUGCUAAUUUCUAGCCUUUGGACGUACCUAUUGCCAUCGGAGUUAGAUUUUUCUGCUAUAAAUUCAUCUAGAAAAUGCUCUUUCAAGAUGUAAGCUUAAUGAUUGUUUAAAAAUUCUUAUAGAACUAAAAGAAAGACUAGAUAAGCAGCUUUGCCCCACUAGAUGUCUACAUAGUAUCAAUUAAUGAUAUGACUUAGGAGAAGAUGGAGUUGCUGAGUGAGCUUUGGAGGAAUAACAUCAGAGCAGAGGCUCAUCUCGGCAGUGACUUCUAGCUGUCUGAUUUGACUUAGAGUUUGGCAACUAAAAAUCUUAAGUUUUUGAUUACUUUUAAGAAGGCUGUGUAUGCUAACAACAAGAAGGUCAAAGUUAAGGACUUUGAGAAUAAGACUGAGAAAGAUGAGCCUAGAGAAGGGCUAGUAGAGAGACUGAAAAAUAGGCUUAAGAAUCAUUAGAUUAUGUGA